AGUUAAGACAGAAAUUCUCGAAGAAUGGAGAUAAGAAUGAGCUGUCAAAGUCCAAAAAGCAAAAAACUCAAUACAAAGUUAAGAGAAGAAGCAAUGCAGGGAAAUAUGGAAAAAUAAGAGCCACAAGGCAAAUGAGAGUAAUGGUAGUUCGUCUUAAUCAAGAAGAUUUCAACUUGAACCAAAGAAAUAAAAUACCAGAUAUUGCUGUUGAGAAACGUGAACAUAUACACCACAGAACGCUCAGUGAUAAUGGAGAGCCAUCUGAACAUGCUAUGGCUAAUGAAGUCCCUUCUCUACGAGAUCAGAUGAUGAGAAAUAACAAUGGUCGACCAAAAAGGAACAAUAUUCAGUUAAAUCAAACAAAUAAAAAACAUGGGAUUAACUCUCAACAGAAACAUUCUCAUCAUAAAGACAGUGAUCGUACUAACACCCAAAAUGCUAAUGAUAUUAAAAACAAAACAUUGCAGCAAACACAAAUUGGGAACAGAGAAGAGCAACUAACUGAAAGAGAAACAAAAGUAAACGAUGAUGAUCAAAUAGGUAUUGAGACCAAAGCAGGAUUACAAUCAACCAAACUUAUGGAAGUCAUGAAUGAAGCAGUUUAUGAUUUUUCUGAUGAAGACAACUUGGAAGGUCCUAUUAUCAGAGAGGGUCUGAUGAAGAAAAUUAGAACAGGUGGCCGAAGACCAUGUUAUAUGCCGACUGUGUCCUGUAGCAACGUAACCUCUACAGACACCACUACUACUGUAAAAUCUAAUGCUAAGGAGGCAAAUACUAGUGAAGGAGAGGAGGAGGGACUGUUGGAUAACAUUGUCCGUAAUGAGACUGAAAUCUCGAAAAUUGUGACAGUCAACAGUGACAAUGAAGAUGUGGAUGAGGGUGUGAUGGAUUUCACUGAAGAUGAAG